AUGGAGGAGAGAGAGAGAGAGAGCGGGAUGGACUGGGGAGCGACCGUGACGGCGCUGGCGAUGGAGAAUGGAGGGGGUGUUGGGUGGUGGAGGAGAAGUGGGAUGGGUCCCGGGGAGCGUUUGGCUAAAUACAAACUCAAAUCCGUAACGAGAGAACUGCAGAAACCUGGGAGCACUAAAAUCCCGUUCCCCGUCCAUCCUUCGCCCGCCGUGAGGGUCGGUUGUGAAUCAGCAGUUCCAGAAGUGCGCACGCCAACUUCAGAUAGUUUUUUGAAAGGUUAG